ACCAAUCCCACAAUCCUUUGUCAACCAAUAUGUCUGCGCCCUUCAGAAAAUGUGAACGUGUGGUAAACAAAUAGGAACGAUGUAAUAACCUUCCAAUUAUAGUCUGUUUUGGAUCUGAACUAUCUAGAUUGUACUAAUCACAGAGGGUUAGAAAUUAAUACCCGACAAUGAGUUCCACUUUCUGUAUCUCGUUAUUUCGGAAGACCUUGCGUUUCGCUUCUUCAUCGGUCAUUAAUGCGCCAUUGUUUCUUAAAUCAGAAAGCGCUCGGCAGACUGUUGUUCGCCUGCCAGUCUGCUGUUUCGGAACGGAGACCGCCCUGGACAGUCUUGUCGGUGUCAAGGCAGGAGAAAGUGACGACGGGCUCUGUCACCGUGUGCCUUCAGUCUCGCCAAGUAACGCUGAGCAUAGGUCCCUGCUGAUCAACCGCCCGAACCAGCCAGUGAAUCCGAAGGUGCUGAGGGUGGCUGUCAUUGGAGCCCCAAAUGCUGGGAAAUCGACUUUGUCCAACCAGCUCCUUGGGAGAAAGGUGUUUCCUGUGUCACAGAAGGUUCACACCACGCGAUCCAGUGCACAGGGCAUCAUCACUGAUAAUGACACCCAGCUUAUUUUGUUGGACACUCCUGGUCUCACUACACCUUCCAAAGUAAAGAAGCACCAGCUGGAGCAGUCUCUCCUUGUGGAUCCUUGGGAUUCAGUCCAGGAGGCCAAUUUAGUUCUGGUUCUGGUAGACGUGUCGGAUCACUGGACUCGCAGCAAACUGUCUUUUGAGGUGCUGAAGUGUUUGGCCAGCAAUCCACACAUCCCAUCUGUUCUUGUCCUCAAUAAGGUAGAUUUGUUAAAGAACAAGAGCAUGCUCCUGGACAUAGCCACUGAGCUGACUGGAGGAACAGUGAAUGGAAGAAAACUGAGAAUUCGCUCAGUGUUAAAACCGGAAACCGGGAAGAGAGACUCUGUGAAGGUGGAGCCUCGGGGCCAGACAGCCAAUGCAGAAAUCGGGGCGCCGGAGCCUGAAGACAGAGAGGUGGAGACGUCUGCGUCAGAGGGCCCAGCUGGCCCUGGGCAGGCCGCUGCUGAGAACGUGAGGCUGGGUGAUGCUCCGAAAGGAGAGCUGAGCAACGACGACCUGAGCUCUCUCAGGUCCAGGCAUGGCUGGCCGCACUUUCGGGAUGUCUUCAUGUUGUCCGCCAUUGAACAGGGAGAAGUGGAAACACUUAAGAGGUACCUGGUCUUGGGGGCCAAGCCUGGACCCUGGCAGUACCACAGUGACGUGCUGACCGACCAGAGCCCAGAGGAGAUCUGCGGCAACGCUGUGCGGGAGAAGUUACUGGAGUACCUGCCGCAGGAAGUACCAUACAACAUCUCUCAGACUAUUGAGAUGUGGGAGGAAGGAGAGAGUGGGGAGCUAAAAAUAUAUCUAAAGAUGUAUGUGAAGAAAGAAAGUCACAUGAAAAUGGUGAUUGGGCACAGAGGUCAGGUGAUCAACAGGAUUGCUCGGGAGGCAGCAGAAGACCUGAAGCACAUCUUCCUGUGUGAAGUCAAGAUGAGGAUAUCCAUCAAAGUGAAGAAAUAGGAGGCCCAGGAGACCAGUGUAAAUGACUCUUUAUUAUUUAAAGAAGACUCUUAGAACGGUUUCCUCCUUCUCAGCCUAUGUAGCACCACGGUGCCAUCACUAAGACUUGCUGAUUGUAAUUAUUAAAGGCACUCAAACAGUGGAGCUGUGCUCCAACA